AUGCAGUUAUUAAGAAAAUUAUUGCCAGUCUUAGGUUCACCUAAAAAUAGUUUAAGAUUUUGUUCAUUGAAGGGAAAUGAGAAUGUUGCUUCAAAUCUUAAAUCAUGGAAAGAGAUUCCUGGACCUUACUCAUUACCAAUCAUUGGACAGACUUUGCAUUUUUUGCCGGGAGGAUCACUCGCUAAUCGUGAAAUAAUGUUGAAUACACUUUACGAUAAAUUUGGACCUAUUGUACGAUUGGAAGGAAAAUUUGGUGGGCCAACACUGAUAUUCAUUUUAGAUGCGGAUGCUGCUGCGCUUAUUUUAAGAAGCGAAAACUGGAUGCCCGUUCGUCCCGGAUUUAGGAGUUUAGAGUACUACAGAAAGAAAGUUAUUCCCUACAGUUCUGAUCAAUUAACGGGCCUCUUAACUGAUCAUGGUGAACCAUGGAAAAAAUUCCGGUCAAUAGUAAACCCAAUAAUGAUGCAUUCGAAAACUAUUAAACUCUACAGCAAAAUAUUGAACGAAGUUUCAGAUGAUACAGUUACAAGAAUGAAAUACGAACGUAAUGAAAAAAAUGCUAUUGAAAAUAUCGAUGAUGUAAUAUCGUUAUGGGCUUUGGAAACGAUUGGUGUAGUGGCUCUGGGUGGUCGAAUAAACUGUCUUGAUCUAAAUCUACCUGAAGAUUCUCCCGCCCGAAGACUCAUUCAAAUUGCCCACGAUAUAUUUGUUCUGAUAAACAAAUUGGACUUCCGACCAAGUUUAUGGCGAUACAUUUCAACACGGAACUAUAGGAAGCUAAUGAAUUGUUAUGCUGAACAAAAAAGCAUAAGCGAGUACUUCAUUAAAAAGGCGAUGGAAGAAUAUAAAUCUAAGGGAAGAAAAGACGAUGAAGAGAAGAGCGUUCUUGAGAAACUUUUGGAAAUAGAUGAGAAAGUGGCCGUCAUCAUGGCCACAGACUUGCUAUUUGCUGGUGUGGACACAUCUGCACACACAAUGUUAGCAACAUUAUACCUACUAGCAAAAAAUAAAGAUAAGCAAGAAAAACUAAGAGACGAAAUAAUGUCUCAGAAUGAGAAGAAACCCUACUUGAAAGCCUGCAUUAAAGAAUCCUUACGUAUAAUGCCUAUUGUAGCUGGAAAUCUGAGGAUGACCACUAAAGAUUAUAAUAUUUUAGGUUAUAAUUUACCGAAGAACACAUUAGUAACAUUUGCUCACCAGUUUUUAUCAACGAGUGAGCAACAUUUUCUACGUUCAAAAGAAUUCAUUCCUGAACGUUGGCUGGUUGAAAAGACUGAUCCCUUGCAUUAUGGAAGGGCACACCCAUUUGCGUGUAACCCUUUUGGCUUCGGUGUUAGAAGCUGCUUAGGUCGCCGAAUUGCCGAGUUAGAACUGGAGAUUCUAAUUUCAAAUAUACUAAAGCACUUCAGAGUGGAUUGGAUAGGACCACCAGCUAAAACCAAAGUAUACGGGAUCAACUACGUCGUUGGACCAUACUAUUUUCUUUUCGAAGACUUGUAG